CUUGUCGUCUGCGAAAUGUCUUGAAAAUUCCGAUCUAAAAACUUUCGGAUUUCUCGCCGCUAAAUCAUGGGAAAGGGUUCAAAAAGUAACAGGGUGAUACCCUGGGAUGAGGUCUCGAAACAUGAUAAGAGGGACGACAAAUGGUUAGUUAUAAACGACGAGGUUUUCGAUGUGACGGCGUGGUCGAAAAGACAUCCAGGCGGUUCACGCAUCAUUGGACAUUUCGCCGGUCAAGACGCGACGGAGCCUUUCCAUGCCUUCCACAAUGAUGUUAAGCAAGUCAGUAAAUAUCUCACUGCCAUCAAGGUCGGCGACCUUCCCGUCCAAGAGGCGAAGCAGCGAUCAACCAUCGAUGAAGACUUCGACAAAAUGCGUGAAACUGCCAAGAAAAUGGGUCUUUUCGAAGCAAGUUAUUUUUUCUUCUUCGUGAUGCUGGCACAUAUAUUCAUAAUGGAGGUACUAGCAUAUCUGACCAUGGCGUACUUUGGUACUGGGUGGCUCCCUUAUCUAGUCUCUGUGGCGCUUUACAGUACAGUUCAGGCUCAAGCUGGUUGGCUGCAGCACGAUUUUGGCCAUCUUUCCGUCUUCAAGGAUUCAAAACUGGAUCAUUUCGUACAUCAGUUGACGAUGAGUUUUUCGAAAGGUGCUUCGGCCAAAUGGUGGAAUCACAUGCAUUUCCAGCAUCAUGCUAAACCUAAUGUGAUCGGCCUCGACCCUGAUGUAAGAGUAGAGCAGCUCUUUGUCAUAGGUGAUGUGAUGCCAAUCAAAGUUGCUAAAGAAUCGAAGAAGUCAAUGCCAUAUAACUUUCAGCACAGAUACUUUUUCUUUCUUGGUCCUCCACUGCUGUUUCCCAUUUAUUUCCAAUUCAUGACAUUCAGACAUGUCAUCACGAGGAGGUGCUGGGUGGAUGGCUUCUUUAUGGCUUUGUUCUUUUUCAAGUUUUUCUACCUUUACUCCCCGCUAUUAGGAUUUUGGGGCUCCUUGGCUUAUUUUUUUAUCAUCAGAUGUGCUGAGAGCCAUUGGUUUACAUGGGUAAGCCAGUCCAACCACAUUCCAAUGAGUAUAGAACACGAUACGGCCAAGCCGUGGUUGGCGCUACAAACCAGUGCGACAUGUGAUAUUGAGAAGUCAUUCUUUAAUGAUUGGUUUACGGGACACCUGAACUUCCAGAUUGAACAUCAUUGCUUCCCAACGAUGCCACGUCAUAAUUACUAUAAGGUGGCGCCACUUGUCAAGUCCCUUUGUGAGAAACACGGCAUCAAGUACGAGGUCAAACCGCUGUGGACGGCGUUGAAAGAUAUUGUCAAGAGUUUGAAGCAUUCUGGUGAACUCUGGCAGAUGACUUACGACGCCUAUCAUCUGGAUUAAGCAUGGCGGUCCGGAAAUCAAAAUGUUAGACUUCGACAACAUUAUCUGUAAAAAAAUAUCUCCACCUGCAAGCGAUGCAGCGUUUAACCUUGUAUAUAUAAUUUAUGUGGUCAGUUUCAAUGGUGUUUGGAGUCUCGGUGUUUGAGCAAAAAUCUCUCUCGCUCUGUAAAUUUCGGUCAGAUUCGAUUUUUGACUCAGCCACCAGAGGCAAAAAAGUGUGACAUCAUGAUCCAUUAUUGAAUUAUAAAUGCUAAGGUUUUAUGGUGCAUGUAGGCAUUCUAGUUCGAUGAAUUCAGUAUACAAAAAUGACAGCCAAAUCAAGAACAAAUUGUCGUCAAUCCUCAUGUGCAUGUAAUACCUUGUUUUUUUUCGGCCAGGCCUGCUGUGUUACUUUAUAUAAAGGUCAUGCACAAAAACAUACCAUGCAUCGACGCCUUUCACCUAUUCAUCCAUCAGCUGUUGCCCAAAUUGUUUACAUCCUUACAAAAUGUGCUAAAAGUCUGAAAACAUAGUGUCUAGAAACCUCACAUAUGUAAGGUGUUCACAAAUUUCAUGAUAUUGUAUUGUAUACAUGUAAUUUAUUUGAAUGACGUAUUCCUUCACAAAUACAUGGAGGACUAAUCAUCUUUUGAACAAGUGUUAUUUUAAUUUUAGUGUAUAUAAAUUAGUUUAUAUUGGAAAAGCCAGAAAUGAUAAAAGAGCUCUGAAUUCGUCUUUGUUAUAGAAAACAUUAAAUGGUGUAAACUACCAUGAUUUGAGUUAUCAGCUUGUAACAAUGUAAACCAGAUUCAUUUCUAACCUUGCUGAGGUAAGGUUUGGGGACUCGGUAUAUCAAGGUUUAUACAUAAUGGUUUGCUUGGCUCGGCAAGAGUCUCAUGGUGCUAAUCACAAUUGACAUCCCUGAAAUCUUGUCAGUGGUGCAACACUGACACGCUACCCAGCAAGCUUCGUUAAACAUAGAGCAACUCGUCAGACAUGCGUACAUUGUGCGUAGUUGAUGCAGAGAAGAAAGGAUGUCAGAUGUGACUUGGACUGUAAUAGUGUUCAUUAUAAAUGUUUCCAUUAUAAGCCUAACUGAAGUUAAAUCAGGUCAUGUGUUUUCAAGUUGCUUCUUAACAAUUUUGCUUCGUUUACCAGCUGUUGCACUUGCUUCAAUGUCGUUUGAAUAAAGGGAUGAUCGGGACAAAGGCCUGCAGGUGGUGACCAUGGGUUAGUAGUUGGUCACUAACAUUGGCUUUUUUUCCGUCCCCAGGCCGGUGUGUUACCAGGAAACUACAAUGCUCAAAUGUAUGCAAGUAUUCCGUGAUCACAUAUUUGUGGAGACACAAGGAACUUUUGCUGCAGUCAUGUCGUAUAUUUAUCAUUUAUUCAUCUGGGAAAAUUUCAUGACUAUGUCUUCAGCAUCCUGACGUAACCAGUGAUUUUAAAUACACUCCCCCUCUUGUUAUUUCAAAUGUCUACGAGGUAGGAGUACAGCAAAAACCUGACCUCAGGAUGUGUCUCGAAAAGAAUGGUUUCAAAAGCCACACAGAAAAAAUUCUGUAUGUAACGUCAAAAACUGGUGUGGCAUAACCAACAGUCAUGACCUGAAAGGCCUUUGUCACAUAUGCUCGUUUCAUGUGAGCCAAAUUUGUCACACAUGGCAAAAUGUGGUGAUGCGAAAAAGGACGCGGCUUUCACCAAUUGGUCGAUACUGACCAUCAGUCAAGUACAUGUAGGUCUGAGUCAUAAGAUCAUGGUUAGUCGUUUAUAUUUCAAUACUCAAGGUCGUAACAUAUUAAGUUUUCAUCAGCAAGUAUGCUUGACUUGUGUUGCACUAUUUGCCAGGCACCAUAAAUUGAUAUUUGGGGAAUUUUAUACAUGUAGAAGCAUUGAUGCCAUGCAAGCAUAAUUAUACUGUGUCAACAUAGAAUACUAGCAAAGUGGAGAAUGCUUCAUGCCUAAUUUGUCAAUUUGGUAUUUGUCUAUGAACGGCCAAUAACUUGGCAGAGUCACUUCCUCGUCCAAUGUAUUUCAUUUAAAGGGGUACACCGUUCGUAAUUACUUGUGGUCCAGUUCAAUAGAAAUCCACGAAUACACAAUGCCGUAGUGCAGUUAUUGUGAGUACAAAUUUGUUUAAACUUGGUAUUCAUAGUAUUUGUAUAUCAGUCUACACAACGGCAAUGUUGAAAUUAGUUUAAACUUGGUAUUCACAGUAUUUGUAUAUCAGCCUACACAACGGCAAUGUUGAAAUUUAUAUUUAGUCCGUAUUUCCGCAAUUGGACAUUUUUAAAUUCAAUUACAAGUUCAAAAUUUUUAACGAACAGCGUAGGCCUUUAAAUUUGGGUAUAUUAUGCGGAGUGUGCAUGUAACUUUUACAAAGCCUACGCACAACUACUCUGCACGUAGGUUGUACAAAUUCUUUACGCUACAAGUAUUUUCAAGUGAUUCUUUAUUAAUACAUAUGUAACUCCACAUCACAUUUUGUACUCAAUUGCACUCUUUUUGGUUUUGUGUUCGAAAAUCUGUCGGGGGUUUACACGGUUGUUGUCACUUUGCUUAAAAUAAGUUACACAUGCGGUGUAUUUGAUUGAACUUUUAUAUGCAGUUUUAAGAUAUCGAGGAUUGGAAAUAUUUUGAGGAGCGCAGUCUUUUACAUGUACUGUCUACUUAAACUUUACACAUGAAAAUAUGCCAUGUCAAAUUGUGAUGGGGGAGGGGGGUCAAAUGAUGCUUAAUAGCUACACUAUGAUGUCCCGUAGAUCAACUGGUACAGGCCCUACAUGUAUAUUUUUAUUGGCAUUUGUUGUAGAAAUUCAUUGGAGUAGUCUUACACAACCAUACUUUCUACAGCAAAUAUCGCAAUGUACAGUAUAAUGAACAGUGACUAUCCAACAUGUAAGCUAAUAAUGGCAGAGAGAACAACAACAAAAAUGCUUGAAUAUUAUGUAUAUAUUUUUAGUGUUAACUUUUCAUGUUAUAAGAGUAAAAAUAUUUUUUGGAAAGUCCCAUUUUCUCUGUAGUUUCACCAAUUUAAGAUUGACUGAUAUGAAUAAAGCCUAGCAAAAGCUUUUACUUCAAUUUUGUACAGAAAGGCCUAGUGUAAAUGUACAUGGAGUUUUAAAUAAAACUAUUUGCUAGUUGUUUCAUUUUCUCCUCUAUAAAAUACAUAAUAUGAUAGAAAUAAAUCACAGUGGCA